CUGGGCCCACUAGUACUUGUUAAUCAGUGUCGCCAGUAGGGAUUUUGUGUUCAACAGCAAUUGUGGAUUUCGGCAGGUGUACCAUCAGCGAUCGGCAGUUUCCUGUUGUCUGGGUUAGCCGUAUAAGAGUCUGCUAGUGCCCCUCUUGUUUUUCUUUUCUCAAGGGAAGGCUUAGCGUGCGCUGUUGUAUAGAUUGGAAACCAUCCGGACCUCUCUCUUGACUACCAUCCCCUCACCAAGUGCUUCAUCAAGCACAUAUCUUGUCUAUUGUAGGAUACUUGGAACACGGAUUCUGCAGCACAUUCGACGGUCGCCCAUCAUGACGAGCAAACCAAUCUUUGUAGCGACCCAUCCACGAGCAUGCUCAACCGCCUUUGAGCGGGUUUUCAUGACACGUCACGAAACACUUCAAUGUGUUCACGAGCCGUUUGGCGACGCUUACUAUUUCGGCCCUGAACGUCUUGCUGAGCGCUAUGAGAACGACCCAAAAGCCAGGAAAGAGAGCGGUUAUGAGGAGAGCACCUACAGGACCAUUUUCGACCGCAUCGCGAGAGAGAACGAAGAGGGAAAACGCGUUUUCAUAAAAGACAUGGCCCAAUACUGGAUUCCACCUUCCGGAAAACCGGCGACCAUUGCGCCAUCUCUCUCCAACUACCGCCGUGGGGUAGGAACAAAUACGACAGAGCUCUCGCCGGUCCCCACACGCUCUGACCCUUCCAAGCCACUGUACCCAUACGACACCAAAGGCGAGCCCGGAAACCCAACCGUGAUCCCCAAAGACCUCCUCGCCACAUACCACUUUACUUUCUUGAUCCGCCACCCCAAAUACAGCAUCCCGUCAUACUACCGAUGCACAAUCCCUCCUCUGGACGCCAUGACUGGCUUCUACAACUUCCGUCCCGACGAAGCAGGCUACGAAGAGCUCCGCCGCCUCUUUGAUUUUCUACGCGCAGAAGGACAAAUCGGACCAAAGUUUGCGGGUCAAACCGACGAAACGCACAAAGAGCAGACCAACGGGCACACGGGCGGCGUGGAGAUCUGCGUCAUCGAUGCCGACGAUUUGCUGGACAAGCCGAGUGAAAUGGUCGAGGCGUUUUGCAAGACAACGGGUAUCGAGUGGGAUCCUGGUAUGCUGCAGUGGGACUCGGAGAAGGAUCAGAGUAUUGCUAAGGAGGCGUUUGAGAAGUGGAAGGGGUUCCAUGAGGAUGCCUUGGAUAGUGAUCGUCUGAGGGCGAGGACGCAUAAGAAACAGCCCAAGUCAGAUGAGCAAAUGUUUGAGGAGUGGAAGGAGAAGUUUGGCGAGGAGGGCGCAAAGAUGAUUCGGGAUACGGUUGCGGCGAAUGUGGAGCAUUAUGAGUACUUGAAGCAGUUUGCUAUCAAAGUCUAGGCGAAUGCGGAAGAGAAAAUCUCCACUUGAGAAUAUGACUUUUUAGUUUAUUUCCUUUGCUUGUAAAGCUCAGAUGGG